AUGUGGGAUCCCAGGCUGGUGAGGCUGGCCUUGCUGCAGCAGCUCCGGUCCGCCUAUGGCAUCAAGGUCAAGGGCGGCCGGGGGCCGUGCGAUCGCAGGAGACAGGACGCGGCAGCCCCGGAAACUGGGGCUAAAAUAUUUGGAGUUCCUUUUAAUGCAUUGCCUCAUUCUGUUGUACCAGAAUAUGGACUCAUUCCAAGCUUUCUUGUUGAAGCUUGCACAUCUUUAGAAAGGCAUAUUCAUACAGAGGGACUCUUUAGAAAAUCAGGAUCUGUUAUUCGGCUAAAAGCACUAAAGAAUAAACUGGAUCAUGGUGAAGAUUGUCUUUCUUCUGCACCUCCUUGUGAUAUUGCAGGACUUCUUAAGCAGUUUUUUAGGGAAUUGCCAGAGCCCAUUCUCCCAGCUGACUUGCAGUUAGCACUUUUGAAAGCUCAACAGUUAGGAACAGAGGAGAAGAAUCAAGCUACGUUGUUGCUCUCCUGUCUUAUUGCUGACCACACAGUUCACAUAUUAAGAUACUUCUUUAACUUUCUCAGGAAGGUUUCUCUUAGGUCCAGUGAGAAUAAGAUGGAUAGCAGCAAUCUGGCAGUAAUAUUUGCACCAAAUCUUCUUCAGACAAGUGAAGGGCAUGAAAAGAUGUCUGCUAACACAGAAAAAAAGCUGCGAUUACAGGCUGCAAUAGUACAAACUCUUAUUGAUUGUGCAUCUGAUAUUGGACGAGUACCAGAUUUUAUUUUGGAAAAGGUGCCAGGUAUGCUGGGUAUUGAUGCUUUCUGUGCCACUCCCUCAGCGGAGGGAGUUGAAGAAGCUGAACUAACUCCUGGUGAAUGUAAGAGAAAGCGAAGACAAAGUGUGGGAGAUUUUGUUAAUGGGGCACUAAAUAAACUUCGAUCCACCAGAACACCCUCUUUUACACCUCAACCAGAAAGAAUUACCCAGCCAUCUGGGUCUCCAGUGAUUCUCACUCCAAAUGCUAAACGUAAAUUGCCAGUAGAUGCUACUCAUGGCUUCUCCAGUAAAAAGAGGAAGUCCAUCAAGCACAACUUUAAUUUUGAACUGCUGCCAAGUAAUCUCUUCAGUAGCAGCUCUACACCAGUGUCAGUUCAUUUUGACACAAGCCCAGGAGGGUCAUCUCAGAGCUCACUCUCUCCUGUAACCACCAGUGGAAACCAUUUGAAAAAUACCAGUGUGCUAAGGCGAAGUAAAAGGAUUGCAGGCAAAAGUAUUUGCAGGGUGGAUUCAGGAAAAGCAGGUUGCUUCUCUCCUAAAAUCAGUAGGAAAGAAAAGGUUCGAAGAUCUCUUCGUUUGAAAUUUAGUCUGGGGAAAAAUAGCAGAGAUGUAAAUGGAUUUUCUGGUGUCAACAGAUAUGAAAUUGUUGGUCGAAGACUUGCAAAUCAACAAAGUUUAAAAAAUAAAAUUGAAUCUGUAAAAACAGGUCUGCUUUUUAGCCCAGAUAUUGAUGAAAGAUUACCGAAGAAAGGUUCAAAAAAGAUCAGUAAAUCUGAGGAAAACUUACUAACUCCAGAGCGACUACACAGAACAAGUUAUCGGAUGUCUUGGACAGGGCCCAGUAGUUCAAGUUUUCAAGAUAUGGAUACAAAUGAAGAUUCUCCAAUAGUGGGAAGUCCUGAGGUGGAAAAUUCUUUGGAGCAUGAUAUUACAGUUGAGAAAUCACCUGCUGUGUCAUAUGAACUCACCCUUUCCAGUUUGCGUAAUUCACAUAAUAGUGAUGUAACAGGAAGCUCUCUUAGUGGAGAUGAUAAUAAUUUGACCACGGAAACUUUGGUUAAAAUUCAGAGAGCAUUUUCUGAAUCUGGAAGUAAUCUUAAUGUGCUGAUAAAUCACAGGCAGUCAUCAAUAACUAAUGUGGCUGAGAUAGAAUUAAACGAAACAUCCAAUGUACCACAGGGCCCACAGGAAAAUCUAUUGGAAGCUAAUGAUUUGAUUAUGAGAGAAUCAGAGGAGGAGCUUGAACAUCCCACUGAUAAAGAUGAAGGUUAUUUUUUGGAAAGAGACCUCUUAGCACAUCAAGCUCAGAACUUUGGUAGAGAGACAGCAGUAAAGUGUUGUGCAACUCAGAUCAAAGUAGAACAUGAAAAAGACACUUGUUCAAAUAUAGCAGAAGAUAAUUUAAGCAAGGAUGAAUGCACUAGUGAUGAACAAACAAAGAAACAGCAAUCUCCAAAGGAAAAACUAGAUACAAAGCUGGAGGAGAAUGAGAGUAUGACUGAAGAGAAUUUACUGAAGCCCACUGCUCCCAGGGAGGAGGAGGCCAAAUCUGCUUCUUUGCAACAGAGUGCAUGUAAUGUAACGGACUUGUCCAAGCCUGUGAGAAUUGCCAGGCAGCAGUCACUGGUAGGACCCUGUAAUAAAACGGUUUCUGAAAGUUUGCAAGUAACAGAGCCGGGAAGGGUUUCCGAUCACAUACAGUGGUUUAACAAGCUUUCAUUAAAUGAACCAGCUAGAACAAAAGUGAAAUCACCUCUUAAGUUUCAGCGUACACCUGUCCGUCAGUCUGUCAGGAGAAUUAAUUCUUUGCUGGAGUAUAACAGAGAACCUGUCAGACGUAAGCUGGCGAGUCAUCUCAGUGAUGUGGCUUCUCCUCUCGUGAAAUCCGUGAGCUGUGAUAGUGCUCUUCCCUCUUGUGUAAAAGAUUCCUCUGCUUCGUGUGCCAAAUCAGGUCCUAAGGAACAGAAGUCUACACCAUGUGAGCUGUCAAAUGACACAACUUCAAAAUCAGGCGUGAGAUCAACAUCUCAGUCUUUCUCAAAAGUGAAGAGGCACCCAGAUUCCAUGAAUCCUCCUCUUGGGUCUACCCGCGUUUGUAAACAGCAGGUGGUGGCUGGUGGCCAAAUUAAAAUUCCCUUGGACGAUGUAACUAAUCAUGAUACAUCAAGGUCUGUUGUAAAUAUGGGCUUUUCUGCUGGGGCAAAUAACAAGGUCCUUAGAAAAUCGUCAGAAAGAGAAAGGGUCUGGUACAAAGGUUCCCCCAAAAAUCCUAUUGGAAAAGCUCAACUACUACCAACAAGCAAACCUGUAGACUUGUAAUUAGAAAAUGUUACGCCUGCCUUUAGUGUAGAUAAAAUUAGAAAUCGAUGCUAUAUAUAACAGGAUGAUCUACAUGUUAAUUUGUGCCUUGGAAUGAAUGUUAAGUAAUAGCUUUUCUCUGGACUAUAAUGUUCUGUUAAAGCAGUGAUUAUGCUUUACCAUUUUAAAGAAAGUAUUGUCUGGGUUUGUAAGGAAUUAGUUUAUGAAGAUUACAUAUUUUUUAUUUUUUCAAUGUAUGAUUAGAAUAAUGGAACAAAUUGUGUCUGUUUCCUGUUUCUUCCACAUCAAUUAAGUUCUGCAGAGAAAGGUUAGCAUGAAAAGGGAAGAGAAAAGCUCUAAAGAUAUUAGGUCUUGAAUUUUAUUAGUGUUUAUUGUCUACCAAAAUUUUUGUAAAUUAUUGAUUUACUUGAACAGCAUCUGAAUAUUUUACUAUUUGAUUUUGAUUGCCUGUUCGCUGGAAUUAAGAACAAAUGGAUAAGGCAGAAUAAUAACUAGUGUGCUUGUGCUAUGAUGCAGAAGCAGUUGAUGAUUUUUAAGCCAUAUUUGGUUUUUAAACAUAAUUUGCACAAAUAAGUUGGUACCUGUUUAAUCCAACCUAGAAUUGGAAUAUUUAAUAUGGAUAAUUAAACUUGAAAGUAUUUGAUAAAGGUAAUUUCUUAAUAUUCAGGAUGCUUGAUCUUUAGAUUUGAAAAAGCUGAUACACCUUCUGUAUAUUUUUCUUGGGAUAAAAAACCUUUGAUUGUUUUGUCUUAUGUGUAUGUGUUAUUUAUUUAGUGUAGACAAUAAAGCUAACUUUCUGGAAAAAAAAAAA